UUUCACAUCUUAAUAUUUAUUGGUGUUUGGUCUAUCUAUACACAUGUACAGCAAACAUGAUUUGAGGUUGUUUACAAAUUUCAGUUUUGUAUUGAAUUGAGGUUAUUAUUACUGUUAGUGCACAUUUUGUCGUGUAUUCAACGUGGGCAAUAAAGAGUAUAUUUUAUUCAAACCUUAGUUUUAUUUUGUUUGGUGGUAUUUUUUUUUUUCAAUUUAGCCUACUAAGUAAAAAUGACAAAAAUUCGGAAGCAAAGAAUGAAAAAGAAAUAUGGUUAUAAUGUUAACAGGAAAAGGUUGCGAAAUAAGGUUAGGAAAACGCCUGUUAUUACUUGCCCUCAAGUGAAAAAUGCUUGGAAUGUCAAACAGUCGGUUAAAAGAAAUUUAAAAAAUAUGGGCCUGGCUUAUGAUGCCAAUAUUGCGCAGUCCAUAUCAAGCAAUAAGUUAAUAAAAACAGAGCAUGUGAAACCCAAUGAAAGGGCACCAGAAAAGUUACAUGUUGUCACUGAACUAGAAGAAGAUGCUCGUGCACCCAGAGAAAGGCGUUUUGCUUUACCUAACAGUCAGGUGCAAUGGGUCACAUAUUUAAUGGACAAGUAUGGUGAAGAUUAUGAGGCGAUGGCACGUGAUAAAAAGAAUUACUAUCAAGAAACGUGGCAACAAAUCCGAAGAAAGAUUAAACUGUUCAAGGGUGUCCCUGAACAGUAUAACCAAUACUUGGCUUCAAAAGAAAAAUUGUAGUUAAUUGUUGAUAUUAUUGUUUUGUUUAAAAUGAUUUUUAAUGUACAAAGAUUAGUUGUACAUUGUCAAUAAAAUAAUUCUUUUUAAUAAA